AUGGCGUCGACCGCGUCGACGCGCGCGCGCGACGCGAGACCGCGGCGACGCGCGUCGGGACGGCGCGCGACGCGAGCUUCGGGACGCGAGCUGGCGCGAGCGUCCCGAGGCGAAAGCGACCCGGACGACGCGCGCGACGCGCCGGCGGUCGCGUCGACGUCGCGUCGCGUCGCGUGCGCGGCGUUGCUGCUGGCGACGCGCGCCGGACGCGCGCGCGCGGCGACGGAUGGAUCUCGGGCGGCGCUGGAAGAGGUGCGCGCGGCGCGCGAGGACGUCGCGACGGCCAGAGCGGCGCUCGGCGACGUCGACGCGGACGCCGACGCGAGCGCGGACGCGCCGUCGGUGUCGAAGCCGUUGCCUUUGAAGGAAAUCGCGGCCGCGCUGAACACGAGCGCGGUGAAGAAUUUGGAGCGCAACGCCGUGGCGCUGGACGCCGUCGCGAAGGCGAGGCCGCUCGAGGACUGGGAACGCGAGGCGUGGCGAGGCGUGCGCGAGGAUGAAUGGUUGACGCAGAGUCAAACGACGACGCUUCCCAUGGCAAAACGUCCGAAUGACUUCUUGUGCUUCGUGUUCUCGUGCUACAACGAUCCCAGGGCGCCGGCGAGCACGGAAGUUUUAUUGACGAUGCGCUUGGCCAAGGACGGCGUCGCGAUGGGUCAACGGGGUGACAAGCGCAUCACCGAUCUCGGUCUCGCUGCGUCUCUGGAUGACGUUUUAGAAAAAUUAGACGCCUAUUUGGCAUUUGCGUCGAAAUUCGUCGAAGCGGGCGAGUAG